UGACCAUGAGUGACCAGAAAGCCGUGAUUAAGGACACGGACAUGUCUGAGGAGAUGCAGCAAGAAGCUGUUGAUUGUGCCAUUGUAGCCCUAGAGAAAUACAAUGUUGAAAAAGAAAUUGCAGCUCUUAUUAAGAGGGAGUUUGAGAAGAAAUACAGUCCCACUUGGCACUGCGUUGUGGGAAGGAAAUUUGGCAGCUAUGUGUCUCACGAGACAAAGCACUUCAUCUUCUUCCUCGUGCGUGGAGUAAAUAUUCUUCUGUUUAAAGCUGGUUAGAGCUGUGGAUUGAUACUGAUACUUGCAUCUGGUUACAG